GACGGUGAGGGCAGAAUGAAGGCAGAAGUAUAAUUUUCAAACACUAAUUAAAUUCAACACGAGAGAAAACAAAACAGUGUUUCCAAAAAAAAGCUAAAUGAAAGCAUAACCACAAUAAAUUAACAGCGGGUGCGAAAGUAUCCCUUUCGAAGUCAUUCAUUUUUUGUCAAUAUGGCGUCGAACAUGCGCUGAUAUUUGGAAAUGUUUAUGUAAUUAACAAAAUAAAUACAAGUCUGUCUGUCGGUCAGAGAGCGGCUGGAGCGGACUGGGAUCUAACAGUGCAGCAAGACAGAGAGCUGUCAGUCCAAACAAAGAAUCAAGAAUGCCCAUCGAUUGGAUAAGCUAUUCCUAUGCUGCUAUUGUGAUGGUGGGUGGCAUUCUAGGAUAUGUUCAGAAAGGAAGUGUAAUGUCUUUGAUGUCUGGACUGCUUUUUGGAUCUCUAGCAGGAUACGGUGCUUAUCAAGUUUCAAAUGACCCGCAAAAUGUUAAGAUCUCAUUGUUAACUGCAGGAAUUUUGACCACCAUUAUGGGAGUGCGCUAUAAAAGGUCUGGAAAGAUCAUACCUGCUGGUCUCAUUGCUGGUAUCAGCCUUUUUAUGGUUCUACGAUUGGUAUUUGUAAUGUUUUAAAUCUACAAUCAACUCACUGAAAUGUAUUUUAUAAAUGCCUUUACACUAA